AUGAUUUCUUCAUUGAACAUUUCGGAUUUCACUGAAGAAGAAUCUUUUGAUGAAGAGAAUAUUGUUGAUAUUAGGGAGAGUGGAUUAAAAACAUUUCAAGAAAUAGACAAAUUUUGCAAAACAGAUGAAAUUCAAGUAUUGAAAGUAUCAAAUAACAAAAUUCCAACUCUAGAAAGGAAGUUUUUCCAAAAGUUUUCGACAAUUAAAUUCCUUGAUAUAUCCGGUAACUUGAUAUCUAAUAUUAACGGACUUGAUUUAUUACCAAAUUUGGUUUUACUCGAUAUUUCGAAGAAUCAAAUUACUUCUCUAAAUGGAAUAGACAGUAAUACAAAGCUUAGGCGUAUUUUGGCCUCAAAAAAUCAAAUUCAAGAAAUAAGACUUGAAAAUGUUAUGCCAUACCUUGUUGUUUUAGAUUUACAUAAGAAUUGUAUAGAGCAUUUAGAUUUUGGUCAUAACUUUCCAUCAUUGAAAGAACUUUACGUUGGAGAUUGUAAACUAAAAUCUCUUGAUGGAAUUAAUAAUUUCCCACUACUUAAACAUUUCCAAGGUUCUAAUAAUGAAAUUACGGUAGUUAAUCUGAUAAACCAUCCAAAUCUUGAAGAUAUUAACUUAGAAGGUUGUUUAAUUUCAUCUUUUCUCCCAUUUCAAGGAUGCCAAUCACUCAUACAUAUUAAUUUAUCAAAUAAUCCAAUUGAUGAAACAGGUUUUAACUCAAUAUAUCCAAUUAAAACAAUAAGGUCAAUCAAAUUAAACUUUUCUAAAAUAGCAAACGCAAACUUCAUUGCAAAACUAUUUCCUAAUAUUGAAGCUGUUGAUAUCUCUGGAUGUUGCAUUAAAGAUGCAAAUGGAUUUGCUGAUUUACUCACCAAAUCAAAGAAAUUAAGAUUAUUAGAUACGAGAUGGAACCCUGUUUGCAAAAAUCUAUAUGCUGAUGAAGAUCUUUCUAAAGGACAGAAGAUAUAUGAAUCAAAUGAACAGUAUGAUAAUGAGCAUCCAAUGAAAAAACAUCUUCGUCAUAUAUAUCGCAACAAAAUACUAUCAACAAAUGAAUCAUUAACUAUCCUUGAUGGUAUAAAAGUUGAUUCAAAUGUUCUUUACAGCGAGUCUUCUUAUUUUUAUGAAGAAGAAGAAAAAUCAGAAAAAAUAAUUAAUCAAAAAGUUGUCGAAAUCAAAGAAAAGGAAGAUGAAUCCGUUGAAAAACAAUAUGAAGAAGAGGAAUCCGAUAAAGAUGCUCAAAUAACUGAUAAUUUGGCAGAUGAUGAAGAAUCAUUAUCAAUUUCCUUGAUAGUUCCAACGUAUUCUACUGUUGGAACUCAAGCAGAAUCUCAUAGUUCUCAAACUAUUGUUGAAAAAACUCCAGAAAGUCCAAAGAAAUCUAAAUUAACGCAACAAGAAGCUGCUCCUUCAUUAGAAAUCGAAGCAAUUGAUGAUAAUACUAAAGAAGAGUUCAUUAAGAAGUUAAAAAUCCAAAAUGAACAUCUUGAAUCCGAAUUAAAUCAAUAUAAGAAAUUUAAUGAAGAAUUGCAAUCAAAAUUAGAUGCAAAGGUCGAUGUAAAAGAAGAAUUGCAGCAACUUAGAGAAUCAACAGAAAUAAAAGAAAAACAAAUCGGAAGUCAAAUUGAUUCAAUAGAAAGUUCUUAUAUUAAACCUCACAGACAGACACAAAAUACAGAUAAAUCUCAAACAUAUUCUAAGUUACUUGAUGCUCUUACACAACAAAAUGCAAUUCUUGUACAUGAAUUAAGGAAAAUGAGACAUAAAACAACGAAAAAGUAUCCAACAUACAAAGAAGUUGUUGAAAUUGUUGAUUUCCUACUUGGUGGAAACUCAAAAAUGAUUCAUCGGAUGAAAGAAAGAUCAAGAAAAAAGGAAGAAGAAUCAAAAUUGAUGAAAUUAGCAAAGAAACUUGAAGAACAAAAUGAAUUAAUGAGAUUUGCAAUCUCACAACAAAAAACUCAUGUUCAUCAUCAUAAUCAUAGCUAUAGAUUAAAUCCAAUUUCAGAAUCAUCUUAUCAAAGUCGAGAAUACGAAUAUGAUGUUCCUGAAGUUCCAAAGCAUAAAACAAAUCAACAAUAUGUUCUAAAAUCAUCUCAAAAAUCUAUUCCAAGUGAUUUUAAUCCUUCUAUUUAUGAAGCUGUUGGCGACAUCGAGAUUUGUGAAAGAAAAAUAUUUGGAAGUUUUAGACAACCUUUGGAUUCUCAAUAUCCUGUUUCAUUGGAUCCGAACUGCAAAGAAUCAAAACUUUUAUUAAUGUGGUCUCAGUUCGCCAUUAAUUAUUCGAUCAGCAAAGUUAAUGUGAUUAAAGCAGCAAAUACAGAGAAAUUUAUUGAAGCUGAAUAUAGAUCGAAGCAAUUGAAGCUUUUCUUAGUUCCUUGCGAAGAUCCUCCUUUGUUUUUCGAUGGAUUUUUCCCUAAAACAAUUGUUGCGUUUAGGAAAUUUAGAUCAAAGCCAAAGAUUUCAACGUUUUUGGUCAUUUGCUAUGAUGAUGAAGAAGCCAUAUUCUCUAAAAAGCCACCACAACCUUCAGACGAACCAAUAUUACGUCAAAGAAAGGUAAAAUCUGUUAAUUUUGUUAAUGGAGGCUGUGAUACUUUGUUAAUAUUGGAUACAAAGAAGAUAAUUCCUUUAUACUCAUUAACUGUUAAUUAA